ACAAAACAGCAGACUGAGAAUUAGAUUUUUUUGUUUAAUUUUUGUGAAAUAUGUCCAAAUAUAUAUUAGGAACUAUACUAUAAAUCAUGUACUGUUGACAGUAGUCCUACCUCAGGAUGUUUUUGUGAUAUAUAUAUAUAUAUAAAAAAUGUUUUCUUCAAAAAAUGGAAGAGAUGAUUUUCACAAAGAUGUGAAAAUGGUUUCUCUGGAGGGAUACUGGGCCUAUUUGGUAAACUGCUCUCAGUGUCUGAUACUGGAUCAUGGCUACUGGACAUCAGAGAGUGAGAAAGAGCUGAAGGACAUUCUGAUGGUCAGAUUGAGCAGUUUGCUUUUAAAGAGUCUGGAUCAGAUUGGAUCUUGCAGAGCACUGCGAAUUUGCUUCUUGGCUGACAACUUUCUGACGAGGAUCGACGCUCUGAUGGAAUGCACUCGCUUGGUGAAGUUGGAUCUGAAAGGAAAUCAGAUUGUUCAGCUCCCUGAUGCUUCGUGUUGGAGUCAUCUGAAAGAAUUGCAACUUCUAUAUCUACACGACAACAACAUGUCAACUUGGAACAAUAUUAAAGGCUUGUCUGGCUGUUUAAACCUGACUGCUUUGACUCUCUAUGACACCCCGCUCAGUUUAAAGAAGAGCUACAGACACUGUCUGGUCAACAGUAUAUGGUCACUGAAGGCCUUGGACAACUUUGUUAUCUCUGAUGAGGAAAUCAUUCAAAACUGGUCUCUUCCUAUUCGAUUCAAAGCCAUGAAUCAACACUUUUGUGUCAGUUUGUACCCAUCUUUAAAGUCGGAUUCAUUUGAGACAGAGAUGAAAGCGGCAUAUAAAAUAAUUUCAGAGAUAAACAGGAUUCAGGCUGUUUAUUGCCCUACACUUAUUAUACAGCGCUGGAUUCGAGGUCAUUUAAUUAGAAAAAGCCUUGGGCUUUGCAGUACAAGGAAACAGAUAACGUCUGAGAAACCAUUCAUUUCCAUGCCUUUGAGCACAGAAAAUGACCAGGUACAAUCCCAGUCUCAGAAAACCAUGGAGGAAGACACAGAUGACCACCCGGAACAAGGUACUGAAGAGAGAAAUAAAGAGAUCCAAAGACUUCAUGUGAACCUUGAUAAGCUGAUGCAAACUGGCUAUGCAGAGGUAAUGGUGUAUUUAAAUGUAGACUCUUCACUUAACGUUUGUCACUUUGACACAGGUUAUACAGGACGCUGCAGUAUUAAAUCAAAUGACCGUCAACAAGACAUAAAAGCACCAUGCAACACCCCUCAGUGCAGUCCAAGUCUGAAAUCUAAGGCCCAUCUAAACACACUUGACCAAGAUAUCAGUGUGACUGUUGAUCUCUGUAAUGAAGAAACUGAAGAAGGAACCUUUCGUGUUUUGGGACUAAAAGCUUUGGUCCACCAGAGUGAGCCACUGAGUGAUAUGUUGUGGUCCCGUAAAGCUGCAGGACAGGACGUACGUGAGGCCAUCAGCCAUUUUCACACUCAGAGACCGGAUCCACCACCGCACUCUUCUGCCAUUAUUUCAGGGAAGCGUCUGAUUGGUUUAUGCCAUGACAAAAUCAGCCUCACCCCCUUCAAAGUCAUUGAAAGAGUCCAUCAAGCAUUUGAUAAAGCCAAAAUGCAGAAACACCUUGCAGAGAAGGUAACUGAGCGCCAGAUUGACCGUGAAGUAGCCAAGGGUCACAGAGACAUCUUUAGAGAAGCUUACAGGACAGAAGUACGUCUGCGGCAGGAGCGGGAAAGGGUGGAUAUGGAGAAAACUCUUACUCUACAGAGAGCCAAACUGGAGCAGGACAUCCAUCAUGCACGUCAGAAACAUGCCCAGUUUUUGGAAGAGAAGAGGAUGAGGAUCCAGGAGCAAGAGAUGGUUUGCAGUUUCAGCCAACAGCACAACUCUCUAGCGAGGGCCAUGCUUAGAUACCACACAUGGAAACGUGGUAACCAGCAAUAAAUGCAUGAAUGUUUUUUAUCAAACUUUCGGUUUAACAUGAAAUUUACAUAUUGGUUAGUUAGAACCCUUUGUGGACAGUAUUUUCAAAAGCAGAGAUAUACUGCGCUAUAGUAUAUCUAAUAAUAUAUUACAGUACUUACCAGAAGAUGUCUGCAAAGAUUAUAUUAUAGACAUCUGCUCCUCUUUUCAAAAUCCAACAUAUUGCAUAACUGGAAUCCAAAAAAACUCCCCUAAUACACAACCACCCCCAUCCUUCAGGCACAAGUAUUAAGAAACUAGUAGCCACCAACUUUACAUAACAAGUAAUUCCACAUUAUCUGGGUCAAUAUUACACUCUUUACAUAAGCACUUAAGAAAGAUUAACUGAAUGGCAUGUUUUAGCAGGAGAACUGACUCAAAUAACAAUAUGUUUUGCUAUAUUUCUCAACAGUUGUAGUAUAACAGGAGGACCUAUAAAUGAUCUUUAAAUGCCAAGGCAAGUUUAGCUUGACAUUGAAUAAAGAUGAGCUACACUUAAUUGCUACAUGUAACAGUAUUUAUUUAAAAAGGUCUUGUCCAAUGAAUCAGCAGUGUGAAAAUCAAGGCAUUGUUCUGGCCUUACAUAAAAAGGUAGUCUAACAUCCACCACUAACUAGACUGAAAAUCUAUGCAAACGUGAUUGUCCCAGGAAGUACCACAUAUCGACUUUGCCACCCAUUUGAAGUUCAUUAGUUUUAUUUUGAGUACUUUGAGUCAUUGAGAAUGACAACACCGCGAUAUACUGGCUUAGUCUUCUGGAAGUGGCAUCUGUAGAGAGUUUUACAAUAUUGCACAUGAUCCUAAAUUCUAGCUUAAAAGGUGAAAUAUCUAAAAAAAAAAAAACGAGAAUUAUUAUCAUUUUUAAAUAAUAUUAAAGGGAUACUCCACCCCAAAAUAAUUUUGUCA